AUGCUUGGUGAUAGUCUAUUUCAGAGUAAGAAGGCCACAUACAACUAUUGGCCUGUUGACAAUAGCCAAGCAGAACCAGAGAAACUCACAGUGCAACCCCCAGCAGAUGUCAUGACAUUUCAAGAUCUGAAGAGUCUGAAGGAGAUAGUGAAUGAGGCAUGUGUGAGGGAUGUUGUGAAUAAAUAUCUUGUAGAUGAUGAGAUGGAUGAGGAAGAAUUGACAAAGGGGCAGAUAGAACAGAAAACGCGGAAGUUAAUAUUGGAAUUGAAGAUGUUAGAUGAAGCCAAUGAAACUGGGAUGGAUAGUUUAUUGGAAUUUACAGAUCGAGAUCAGUUUUUGCUACCAAAACAGAGGAAUUUCGCCUCUAUUGACCUCAUUCACUGGCCCAAAACAAGUAAAAGGGUGAUUCAGGAUCAAGAUACACUUGAUUGGGUGGAAGGUCACAUAACACAAUGGUUUUUGGGAAUUGAAUUGAGAGGGUUGGAUGAGCAGGAGGAAGAUUAG